CAACGACAACGACAACGACAACGGCCCUGCGACUUAUCCGCGGUCCGCCUCGGUACCCCAUCGGCGAAGCCCUUGCAUCCUCGAAAAUACCCCUCACGUCGCCUCGAGAAGGCGCACUGCGUCGCCCUCGCUCGCCAUGGCGCAGGCGCAUCCCGAGCCACAACCGCCUCUGCCCCCGCGAAACCCUUUCAUCCAUAAUGUGUGCCUCGCAGGCGCCGUGGUCACGCCUUUGGUGAUGCUUCUGCCGCCGCGCAAGAUGGACGUCCGAUUCUUCGUCCUCUUCGGAACCUUUUCUCUCUGCACGAACCAGCUCGCGUACGAGUACACGGGACAGUCCAUCUACGGGCGCUUUGGCAACCGCGUCGGGUCCGUCUUCGAUUCUGGCCUGCCCGAUGGCGCGAGGCGGACACAACAGCUGCUGCGCGAGCAGCGCGAGCGCGAGGCGGCGGAGAAGAAGCGACAGACCGAGCUGCAGGACAAGAAGGACGGGCUGAUGAAGGACAUCUGGAUGGGUGGCGAGGACGAGGACUGGUCCAAGAAGCGCGCCGAGGAGCAUCGCAAGAGCUUUGAGGAGGGUAAGGGCUUGAGCGACAUCAUCAUGGAGCAGGUCAUGGACGUUUGGCACGGGAGCUGGAGGGGAGGUGCAAAGAAGACAGGUGACGAUGGCGUCAAGACGACGGCGACGACGACGAAAGGUGACACGGACGAGGCUCAGAAAAAGUGAGAGGGGCUGGACGCAAGCAGGCGCAUUCACGACUCGACGAUUGGCGGCUAUGUACAAAUUGUACCAUUACUUGUAUGCAUAUUCUGGAUAGGACGAGCAAUGUGCAUCUCCUACUGCUUGGCAAGGCUUCGAGUUCGGGAGCCGGUGCCAACAUCGAGUCUCGUUUGAGCUCAG